GUUUAACAAAAGCGGUAUUUUUCCCUCUUAUAAACCGAAACUUAUAACACCUGACGUGUUGCUGCCUGUAGAUAAAGAAUUUGAAAUGUAUUUAGAAAUAUAUUUUGGAGAAGAUUUUUGGUUUGAUCCUCAAAAAUAUCUAAGAACUGGUCUACAUUAUAAAUCAAGACAAUAAUUUAUUCUAAUGUUAGGACUAGGCAGGUAUAGAAAAAAUGUCUGAUGAAAGUAGAGUCAACAAGGAUUGUUGUCAUAGCUUAAAUAUGGUAACAACUUAAGCAAAUAAUGAAUGGGAAUUUUAUUGAAGAGUAACAUUGGAUCUUGGAAAGGAAUUUUGGAAAGAUGAGCUCAACAAAGUGAAACAGGAGAGGAAUUUUUGUUGAGGAUAUGGAUGCCAAUAUGAGAAUAAAAAUCAUUGUAAUCAAUGGAAACAGAUAAAAUGGAACAAAGCGAAAACGUUGAGGCAAAUGAAGAAAAGGCGAUGUUUGAUCAAGAGACGACAGAUUUGUUUUUAAAUUCUUUCAAGAUCGAAACAAUUAAAUCAAUUAACAUUGAAAAAGCAACUGAUUCAUCUUGGAUAAACCAUAAUAACCCAAGGAUAGACAUCACUGAACCAGAGAUGCUUGAAAAUCGCAAGAUACAUUAUACUAGACGAUAUCUCUUGGAUUUACGUUACCACCCUCUUUCUAGAGUAUUUCCUGUUUGUCUAAAAAGUUUUCAAGAUACGAGAGAGUUACCUCUAAGAGCCCCGGAAAUCCAGCAGGAAAAUACUUUCACUUGUCUCAUUGCUGAGGAAUAUUAUGACUAUCGAAACAUGGAUCACAUAUUGUUUUAUACUAGCUUGCCUUAUAGAAACAGAAGAUUGCCAUUGACUCGGGCGACUAGCUGGAAUCUGCCGAAACUCUGUUAUUGAUCCUACUUAAAAUAUUCUACAUAUUUAUGGCUUUUCUAAUGUAUUGUUCAAAUUUUUUCACAUAGAAAUUACUCUUCAACUUAAUUUAACUUUCUGCGUGUAAACCUAAAAUUCUUAAGCAAUCAGUUUCAUCAUCUUGCGUUUAUGAGACAAAGUUUAUAGUCCCUUAAACGGAGUGUGAUGAAGUUUUUCUACGUUUUAUUUAUUCACCUGUAUUUUCAAUAUUAAUUAAUAUAUUUGCUUUCAAGAGUUUUGAGCAAAAAGAACGUGAGUCCACUUAAAUAAGAAUCGUAGAUUGUGAAAAUUUUGUAAACUUCACAAAAUUGAAAUUUUGAAAAAUUAAAAAAAAUACUAAAUUGAUCUGUUACAUAAAGUAAUCUUCUUUCUCAAUAUAAA